GCGAAAGCAGUUCGCCGGCUGCAGUUGCUCGGCCGCUCUUGUCAGACUGGGGCUGUGAUCGUGCUUAAGGAGCCAGGCAGCUCUAGCGAUCGGGGGAAAAAUGCGUCCCGUGCUAGUCAUCUGUUCCCUGCUGGCUCUGGCGGUGGCCGGGCCUGCCCAGUACUUCAGGGAGGAGUUCGGGGAUGGAGAUGCCUGGACAAGCCGCUGGGUGGAGUCAAAGCACAAAUCGGACUAUGGGAAAUUCAUCCUCACAGCUGGCAAAUUCUAUGGAGAUGCAGAGAAAGACAAAGGACUUCAGACAAGCCAGGAUGCUCGUUUCUAUGCUAUUUCUGCUAGAUUUGAUUCAUUUAGCAACAAGGACAAAACCCUGGUGGUGCAGUUCACAGUGAAACAUCAGCAAAACAUUGACUGUGGAGGUGGUUAUGUGAAGCUUUUCCCCUCAAGCCUGAACCAAGAAGACAUGCAUGGGGACUCUGAAUAUAACAUUAUGUUUGGUCCUGAUAUCUGUGGCCCAGGUACCAAGAAAGUUCAUGUGAUAUUCAACUACAAAGGCAAAAAUGUCUUGAUCAAUAAAGACAUCCGUUGUAAAGAUGAUGAGUUCACCCAUCUCUAUACCCUCAUUGUCCGUCCUGAUAACACAUAUGAAGUGAAGAUUGACAACAACAAAGUGGAGUCUGGCAGCUUGGAGGAUGAUUGGGAUUUCCUGCCUCCCAAGAAAAUUAAAGAUCCAGAGGCAAAGAAACCAGAUGAUUGGGAUGAGAGGGCGAAGAUAGAUGAUCCUGAAGAUACAAAACCAGAGGACUGGGAUAAACCAGAACAUAUUCCUGACCCUGAUGCCAAAAAGCCUGAGGACUGGGAUGAAGAGAUGGAUGGGGAGUGGGAACCACCAGUAAUCCAGAAUCCAGAAUAUAAGGGGGAGUGGAAACCUCGUCAAAUUGACAACCCCAACUAUAAAGGAAAAUGGAUCCACCCUGAGAUAGAUAAUCCUGAGUACACUCCUGAACCUAACCUGUAUGCCUAUGAGAACUUCGGUGUCAUUGGCUUGGACUUGUGGCAGGUCAUGUCUGGCACAAUUUUUGAUAAUUUCUUGAUUACUGAUGAUGAGAAACUAGCUGAAGAAAUUGGCAAUGAAACCUGGGGUGCCACUAAGGAUGCUGAAAAGAAAAUGAAAGAACAACAAGAUGAAGAACAAAGAAAGAAACAGGAAGAAGAAGACAAGAAGAAGAAAGAAGAAGAAGAUGAACCUGAGGGUGAAGAUAAUGAGGAGGAGGAAGAGGAGGAGGAGGAGGAAGAGGAAGAAAAGGAGGAAGAAGAGGAAACAGAGGGUCCACUGAAGGAUGAGCUGUGAUUUGGGGUUGUUGGGUUGCUUUUGGCUUGAGCCUUGGCCUGGACCUGUACCAUGCAGUCUGCUUGGUUUGAACCCAGCUAAGGAGAAGGGAUAACAGUAAUGUCUCUAUGAGACACAAGAACUUUCUUUUUUUAUUGGUGUGUUUGUUUGUCUUAACCCCUUUCCCAGAUCCCAUCAAUUAUUCAUUCAUGUGUGUAGAGGGGAACUAGAACCUGCAUCCUAAGAAGGCUAAUUGUAGGAAUACAACCGUUUGAGAUUUUGAAGGGGGGGAAUAUGCCAUUGAUCCUGUUUUUUUUUUUAAUAACUACUUUUUCACUGAAAGUUCAUUUCCAGUGGCCCUUUGUAAAUGGAUAUCCAAAAAGCAGAACUCCUCUGUCCUUUUGGAGCUUGUCUUUACCCUCUGUAAGAUUCAGGGAGCUUUGGUUUUCAUAUUUGGGUGGAAAGGUAAGACUUGUUUCUGCCAUGUCUCAAAUGAAAUUCAAGCAGCCAGUAUUGUAUGCCAUGUAUAAGGCCAAUAAUCCUAUCAUCAUAGGAAGAACAUGGAUAGUAGUAGUAGCUGGGUUCCUAACUGCUGCUGUACACAUCAGACAAAUCAAUCUGCUUCAUUUUAAAGUACCAAGAUGCAAACUAUUUUUUAAAACCUGUUUAGAUGGCCUCUCAAUUUUUAGCCUAUUCUGGUGGGAGUGGGGUCAUUCUGGAGCUUUUGCUGGAGGAUCAGUGGGGGUGACUAAUUUCUGCUUUGUGUUGAAAGUUGUCUUCACAGGGAGCAAGGGAUUAAAGGGGGGGGUGCUUUGGAGGCCAGGAGGCAAGAGACUAUAACACCACAGGGGGUCAUCUCACUUGUUCACAUGUGAAUGUAUGAAAGAUUGAAGAAAAUUUCUAUUAAAUUAAACAUGUCUGGCCCAUAAA